CCAACCACCAGCACUGGGAAACGCCAUGGCUGCCGUCGACGACGACGACGAGGAUUACUUUCUCCCGCUCGAAGACCAGCGAGUCUUCGGCGCCGGCAUCAGUCGCAAACGCGUACAGUUCGUGCGCUCGUCGGACCACGAGCUCAACACGACCCGCACAUCGUCGGCCCCGACACCCUCAACGCUGACAGGACCAUCCAUCGCCAACAGAUACCUCUCUAUUGUGCUAUCCAAGAACCAGAACCAGAGCACAGAAAGCACCGCUCCUACGCCCACCCCCGAAACGAAUACCACACACUCUGCCCCUCCCUCUCCAUCAUCCCAACCUCGCCAUCCGCCCACCGCACGCUGCGAAGUCUGCCAACUGCCUCUCGCCGAAGACGCAGAUCUCUCUUCAACCUCUACAGAUACCCAAACCAAAUCUCAUGAAGCCUCCAUUGCGCAUCAAGUAUGCCUGGCGCACUCGCACCCUCCCUCGCAUCUAGACCGGACACGGCACGGCCUGCGCUAUCUCUCGGCCUACGGGUGGGACCCUGAUAGUCGAAGGGGACUCGGAGCGCCGGGUCGAGAAGGGAUCCGGGAGCCGUUGAAGGGGAAGUUAAAGGUUGAUACGGUGGGAUUAGGAGCGGAGGGCGACCCAGAAGAGAAAGACAAGAGACCGAAGACGAAGGGUCGAGCGGCACAGGGGAAGAUUGAAAAGUUGAAUGCAAAGCAGGUGCGGAAGGGGCAUGCGGACGCGAAAAAGAGAGGAGAUCGAUUGCGGGAGAUGUUUUAUCAGAAUGAUGAUGUGCAGAAAUAUCUCAGUGGAGGGGGCUAGGGGGCCGAAUCUAAUGUGAUAGAUGGGUUGGUUCAUUUGGCGUUCAAUAGCGUGUGAUACCCCUGGUUUUUAUUUCUUUAUUUAUUUUUCUAUGUAUUAUGAGGGAAGUUCGGCCGGUUUUUAAAUGACGAGGACAUAUCUGAACUGAGCUAC